AUGGCCGACAAGGAGAACGCGGCCCCCCUCGCGGCGUCGGGGCCCCGCCUCACCCGCGCGGCCGCCAAGCGCGCCGCCUCCGCCGUCUCCGGGGGCCCCUCCGGCGGCGCCAAGCGCAAGCGGGUGGCCCUCAGCGAGCUCCCCAUCGCCGUCUCCAACGCCGCGGCCCUCCCCUCGCCGCCGCACCCCGUCAAGCCCGCCAAGCCCGACGACAUUAGAUGCGCGCCCCCCUCGCCGCCCACCUCCGCGGAGGAGGCCAGCAGCGGCGGCGGCGGCGACUCCCCGCUCUGUGGGUCCUACGCCUCCGACAUCUACACCUACCUCCGCACUAUGGAGGUGGACCCGGCGCGCCGGCCGGCGGCGGACUACAUCGAGGCGGUGCAGGCGGACGUCACGCCCAACAUGCGCGCCAUCCUCGUCGACUGGCUCGUCGAGGUCGCAGAGGAGUACAAGCUCGUCGCGGACACGCUAUACCUCACCGUCGCAUACGUCGACCGGUUCCUCUCCGCCAACCAGCUCGGCCGCAAACGGCUGCAGCUCCUAGGCGUAGCCGCCAUGCUCAUCGCUGCGAAGUACGAGGAGAUCAGCCCGCCGCAUGUGGAGGACUUCUGCUACAUCACAGACAACACAUACACCAGGCUGGAGCUCCUCACCAUGGAGAGCGACAUACUCAAGCUCCUCGACUUCGAGAUUGGCAGCCCCACCAUCAAGACGUUCCUCAGGCGGUUCACGAAAUCCAGCCCAGAAGACAAAAAGCGCUCCAGCUUGCAACUCGAGUUCCUGGGUAGCUAUCUGGCCGAGCUGAGUCUUCUGGACUACAGCUGUCUCCGCUUCUUGCCAUCAGUAGUUGCCGCUUCGUCGAUUUUUCUUGCCAGGCUGACCAUUGCACCUGACAAUAAUCCUUGGAGCAAGGAAAUGCAGAAACUGACGGGCUACAAGCCAUCAGAACUCAAGGACUGCAUCAUAGCCAUACAUGAAUUGCAGCUCAAUAGAAAGGGUCCAUGCUUGCCGGCGAUUCGAGACAAGUAUAAGCAACACAGGUUCAAAUCUGUGUCAACGUUGCUCCCUCCUGUGGAGAUCCCUGCAUCAUACUUCCAAGACUUAACAGAGUAGCUGUUCUUGGACUGCUCCACUGUAAAGCUAAUAAGAGCUCAUCUCGACCUCCUGUGGAUAAGGGACAAUUUACAGUUUCAGAGCAAGUUCUCAGUCAAGUUAGGAUGCUGGAGGUUUCAAAGCCUAGGCAGGAGCUUUUCGAGUUUGUCUAGGAGCUAGUCAAUCACAAGUAGGAAAUUAGGCAUUUUCUUGUUUGUAGUACCUCUGUAUCAUAUCUUAGAAUAUUGUGCCUUGGGUCUUUUUGGCAACAUAUUUGUAAUGUUUGAUAUAUGCUGAUCCAUUGCCUUUGCUGAUUCUUUUU